CGCUGUUGAACAACUAAAACAAAAUGCCGGACUAUCUAGGAGAUGAUCAGCGUAAAGUUAAGCAUGACGAGAAUAAGGAGGAUAAGGAAAUUAAGUCGCUAGACGAAGGCGACAUCGAACUACUUAAGACGUACGGGCAGAGCCAGUAUCACAAGUCCAUAAAGAACAUCGAAGAGGACAUACAAAAAGCCGUGAAACAAGUGAACGAGCUAACUGGCAUUAAGGAGAGCGAUACAGGCUUGGCUCCUCCUGCUCUGUGGGACUUGGCUGCCGACAAGCAAAUACUCCAAAAUGAGCAGCCUUUGCAGGUUGCGCGUUGCACAAAGAUUAUCAACGCUGACUCAGAUGAUCCCAAGUACAUUAUUAAUGUGAAGCAGUUUGCCAAGUUUGUGGUAGAUCUGGCUGAUUCCGUUGCACCUACGGACAUUGAGGAGGGCAUGCGUGUUGGCGUUGAUCGCAACAAGUAUCAGAUUCACAUACCGCUGCCACCCAAAAUCGAUCCCACGGUGACGAUGAUGCAGGUCGAGGACAAGCCAGAUGUUACCUACAGCGACGUCGGUGGCUGCAAGGAGCAGAUUGAGAAAUUGCGCGAAGUUGUGGAGACACCGCUGCUGCAUCCUGAGAAGUUCGUCAAUCUCGGCAUCGAGCCCCCCAAGGGUGUGCUCUUGUUCGGUCCACCUGGUACGGGCAAAACUCUAUGUGCCCGUGCUGUGGCUAAUCGCACAGAUGCUUGCUUCAUUCGCGUCAUCGGCUCCGAGCUUGUGCAGAAGUAUGUGGGCGAGGGCGCACGUAUGGUGCGCGAAUUGUUCGAAAUGGCCCGUUCCAAGAAAGCUUGCUUGAUCUUCUUCGAUGAAAUCGAUGCCAUUGGCGGAGCACGUUUCGAUGACGGUGCUGGCGGCGACAACGAGGUGCAGCGUACUAUGCUGGAGCUAAUCAAUCAGUUGGAUGGCUUCGAUCCGCGUGGCAACAUUAAGGUUCUGAUGGCCACCAAUCGACCCGACACACUUGAUCCUGCGCUUAUGCGUCCCGGCCGUUUGGAUCGUAAGGUGGAAUUUGGAUUGCCCGACCAGGAUGGCCGUUCACACAUCUUUAAGAUCCACGCCCGCUCAAUGUCCGUGGAACGCGACAUUCGUUUCGAUCUGCUGGCACGUCUGUGCCCCAACUCGACAGGCGCGGAGAUUCGCUCUGUGUGCACUGAGGCGGGCAUGUUUGCCAUUCGUGCCCGCCGCAAGGUGGCCACCGAAAAGGAUUUCCUCGAAGCUGUCAACAAGGUUAUCAAGAGCUACGCCAAGUUCAGCGCCACCCCACGCUAUAUGACCUACAAUUAAGUUUACGUUUUAUACAUCCUCAAUUCUCUUUCGUUUGCUGCGCUGUGAGCCUUUAAGUCUGCAACUGUAACUGCUCCAGCUGGGCAAUCAGUAAAUAAAAGAUCCAAAAUAUAUAGUAUACACCAUUA